CGACUACUGCCGUUGCUGCUCAAACAGUUGCAAGAAAGAGUCGCCUCACAUUUGCACCACUAUUUCACACAACAUCUCAAACAACCACACCCGUACCAGCGCCUUUAGCCACCCAACCCAAGGCUGAGUCUUCUUCCCCUCAUACACAGGCUUCAACGGUACCCACAACUACGCCUAGCAAGCAGAAAGCCAAUAUAGCUGGCCUCCGACUUCCAGAACCAUGGAGAUCCCUAAUGGAGGCGGCAAAAGCGUUGCACCUUGGGCAAAACAUUGAUAUUCCGCCGAUGUCAGACAUCUCUCAUCUCCCAUCCCUGCGCAAAAGUCUUUUUAAGUGCGCAUAUGGCAACCUAAGUUUGACAGGAAGCUAACUUUAUGCCAGAAGGAUGCUCAUUCAUCUUCACUACAUUCAGUGUGGCCCUUUCUUUGACAUUGAAUCUUUCCUCUCCUGAAAUGACUGACUAUCUUCAUGGUGAAGAUAUAUCCUCCGCAAUGAAAUUAUACAAUUUGAACAUCACCGAGAACCGGACUUCUCACAUCCUCGGACCACUUCAAAAAAUCCUUGAAGGGGAUGACGUUAAGUACCUGCAAGAUGAG